AGUGUUCACGCAUUGUAUGAAGUGGUAUUGAAAAGGCGGUUAAAUUUAAAUAUUGCCCUGGAGUCUUUUCAAAUAGGCGUUGUUUAUCUAUCACCUAAGACACGCCAAAUUAGGAUGAGUCGGAGAAACCUGAAGCACUCGAAAGUCGUUAUAAAGAACGGCGCGACUAUAGCGUUGCUACAUUUGUCGAACGCAAUAUGGCGAUGUCCACAUCGAAACCCAACGAAGGAAAAGUGGAGUCAGCAAUGACAUUUCUUCACGCUAUCGUGCUUCUAGUUUUAGUUGGUGACAUUCAGUGCUCUCCAGUGAAAGGGAAUUUUUCUUUUCUGGUUAAUCAAGACUUGGAAGUGAGAACAGCAUACACAGCCUUUGACCGUACUGCUGUGUUUAACUGUACAACCAAUGAUGCAACUGCUAAAGUCACAUUGAAUCGAACUGACGGCCAGCUUAGACAAGAAAAAAUUACCAGGAAUGGUGCAGUCUUUACUAUUCAUGGCAUCACAAGGCACGAUGCUGGUCACUACUUGUGUGUUGCUAAAAGGAAGAAUGGACAAGCUAUUACCAGAAAGAUCUUAUUAUAUAUUGAUUCCAGAAAUCCUAGUGUGAAAAUUGUCCCUCAUAGGAAUAGCCGAGUUUUAAUUGGUUCCCAUCUUAAUUACACCUGUGAGGGUACAGUGGGAAAGCUGACCUGGCUAAAAGAUGGCAUGGACCUUCCAACAGACAAAUUGCCAGGUGUCAGUGUCCUCUCUUCCCAUGGUCCUAAUGGGAUUUUGGAAAAGGAUCUGGACAUUUUGCAGGCUGACCUUGUACAUAGUGGGAGAUACACUUGUCUGUUAACUUUCAGAGGAAAGAAAUUUUUUCAGUAUGUAGAAGUCAGCGUCAAAGCUCCAGAACCUGCAAGUAUCACAUCUGAAACACCCCAUCAUCAAUUUCUUAAUGACACAGACAGUGGUCCAAAUAUAAAACUUGACUGCCUUGUCAGUGGCUUCCCUAUACCAAAGAUAACAUGGACAAAAGAUGGCAAAGAGAUAAAGAAGUGUUAUAAAAAUCACCCAUGUGACACCCAGACUCGGCAAUAUAUCUUAACAUCCCAGAAUAGUUUGAUCAUUCGAAAGCAUCUCAAACUUGAUGAGCAAGGAGUGUAUCGCUGUGAAGCAGAGAAUUCUUUUGGAAGGGUUUUCAAAGAGUUUAUUCUUGAUCAUCCAAGUCCUAAGAUAAACGUACCAGCUGCAGUCGGAAUUGUGGAAUGGCACAGCGGGCAGCAGAAGUCAAUUGUCUUUUCAUGUAAUGUUGCACGAGGUACUCCGAGGCUACAAUUUAAGUGGUACAUAAGAUAUAGGCAGUUUUUUUUACAAAGUGGGUGGUUAUCCAUUAACAAUCCAUUUUUCCACGGGUGUUUCAGUCAAACAGACAAGGCAAGAAGCAGCAGCCUAGAAACACCUGGGAAACAAGUAUCUUCGUGUUUCAGCAUAUGCGAGUACUAUAAACCUUGCGAAAUAGGCUGCUCCGUGGAAAAUGAUUAUGGAAAGGAUGAAAAGGUGCUUUUUGAAGUUCGCAAAAAAAAGGAAAAUGGAAAAUGAUUAUGUAAAGGAUGAUAAGGUGCUUUUUAAAGUUCGCAA